GCUCGCCUGGGGUUUGCCGGUGUCUCCAGAGUUGCCAUACGAGUCUUCCUCUUCGGCUCAAGAUGGCGGCCUCCCGGUCGCCCUUGGUUACCCUGCGCUUAGCGCAAAGCCGGCUGAGGGGGCGAGGGUUCGGGUGCCGGGCCUGGGCUGCUGCCCUCGUCCCUCCGGCCGCCUCCCCUGCUGGAGCCCCUCUGUGGAAAGCCUAUACUGUACAGGCACCAGAAAGCAUGUCCCCAACUGCUGCUACAGAGGCUUAUUUGAAAGCUUUGACUGUUUGCCAUGGACCAUUGGAACAUUAUGAUUUUCUGAUCAAAUCUCAGCAGCUAAAGGAGGAUGAACAUCAAAGAAAUGUCAUACGGUGUCUGCAAAAAUUGCAUGAGGAUCUUAAAGGAUACAGUAUAGAAGAAGGCCUUUUUUCAAAGCUUUUUUCAAGGAGCAAACCUCCAAGGGGCCUAUAUGUUUAUGGAGAUGUUGGUACAGGCAAAACAAUGGUGAUGGACAUGUUUUAUGCUUAUGUGGAGAUGAAGAAGAAAAAAAGGGUUCAUUUUCAUGGUUUUAUGUUAGAUGUGCAUAAAAGAAUACAUCGCCUAAAACAAAAUUUACCCAAAAGGAAAGCAGGACUCAUGGCUAAAGCUUAUGACCCAAUAGCUCCCAUAGCUGAAGAAAUCAGCGAAGAAGCAUGUCUUUUAUGUUUUGAUGAGUUUCAGGUCACUGACAUUGCUGACGCCAUGAUUCUGAAGCAGCUUUUUGAAAAUCUGUUCACAAACGGGGUCGUCGUUGUGGCAACAUCCAACAGGCCACCGGAAGAUCUCUAUAAAAAUGGACUCCAAAGAGCUAACUUUGUACCAUUUAUAGCUGUGCUGAAGAAAUACUGUAACACGGUCCAGCUAGAUUCUGGGAUAGAUUACCGGAAAAGGGAACUUCCUGCUGCAGGAAAACUCUACUACCUCACAAGUGAAGCUGAUGUGGAGGCUGUCAUGGAUAAGUUGUUUGAUGAGCUGGCUCAGAAACAAAAUGAUUUAACUAGACCAAGGAUUUUAAAAGUGCAAGGCAGAGAGCUGCGGCUGAAUAAAGCCUGUGGAACCGUUGCCGACUGCACAUUUGAAGAGCUGUGUGAGAGACCACUUGGAGCCAGUGAUUAUUUGGAAUUAUCAAAGAAUUUUGAUACAUUGAUAUUACGAAACAUUCCACAGUUUACUCUGGCAAAGAGGACUCAAGCUCGAAGAUUUAUAACUCUUGUUGAUAACCUUUAUGACUUUAAGGUGCGCAUAAUUUGCUCCGCAUCGACUCCCAUCUCCAGCCUAUUUUUGCACCAACAUCAUGACAGUGAGCUGGAGCAAAGCAGAAUACUGAUGGAUGAUUUGGGGCUGAGCCAGGGCUCUGCGGAAGAACUCUCCAUGUUUACCGGAGAAGAGGAAAUCUUUGCAUUUCAGCGCACUGUUUCCCGACUUACAGAAAUGCAGACUGAACAGUACUGGAAUGAUGGGGACAGAAGCAAGAAGGAACCACCGUCAGGGCCUGUAUAAAUGUCGGGACAGAUGAUGAAUGCAGGGGGAACUCGUUACUAUGGAACUUACAGGAAUCAUUUUCUCAUCAUUAAUUAUGCACUUUGUCCUCUGGACCAUUUUCAUCUAACAUUACUGUCAAAGAUAUAGUGGAUUGUAAGUUAAUACCAUCUUUACAGACCUACUUUUCGCUGGUUUUCUGGGCCUGAUUUCUGUAUCACA